GGGAUCCCAAGUCGCCGCCGCCACCCUCCGCUGGAUCCAUUGUGAGGAAAUUGCCAUUCGCCGGCAGCGGCGGCACAUCUGGGCGGGCGCAUCUGGCAAACAACAUCGGCUCCCGCCGCCUGCCUCCAACGUCCUCCAACCGGCCGAACGGAUCUCACCGGGCCGCUGGAGAGGCUCCUGCCCGUCAGCCCCGGGCUCAUUCUUUCGGGCUGAAUCUUAAAAAUACCCUGGCAGCGCGGGGGGUGGGGUGGGGUGGAAAUAAAGGCUGCUAUUUUUUUCCCCUGGGCUUUAUUUCAUGGGGAUGUGUUCAAGACAAGAGAGGAUUCAGAAGGAUAUUGACGUUGUGAUCCAAAAGUGCAAGGCGGAGAAGGACUGCCUGUUUGCAGAUUUCAGGUACUCAGACUCCACCUUUACCUUCACCUAUAUUGGAGGCUCCAAAAGUGUGUCCUAUUCAGUGCAUGUCUCUGAGGAUUACCCAGAUAACACUUACGUUUCCAGUUCUGAUAACGAUGAAGAUGUAUUAGUCACAACAGAGCCAAUUCCAGUAAUUUUCCACCAAAUUGCUACAGAAUUAAGAAAAACCAGUGAUGUCAACUAUUGCUUAUCCAUAAAGUCAAAAUUACAGAGGGAGAAUGGAGAGGAGUCACGGCACAGCAGCACAGUUGAAGAGGACUCUGAAGGAGAUAAUGACUCUGAGGAAUUUUAUUAUGGAGGACAGGUUAGCUAUGAUGGAGAACUUCACAAGCACCCACAGCUGGAGGCUGAUUUAACAGCAGUGAGAGAGAUCUAUGGACCUAAUGCAGUAUCUCUCAGGGAAUAUGGAGCCAUUGAUGAUGUAGAUAUUGAUCUACAUAUUGAUGUUAGCUUUCUUGAUGAGGAGAUUGCUGUGGCUUGGGAUGUAAUUCGCACAGAGCCUAUAAUAGUGCGCCUGCACUGUUCUCUUACACAGUACCUAAAUGGUCCAGUGCCAACUGUGGAUGUAUUUCAGAUCUCUACUAAGGAAAGAUUUGGGCUGGGACAUCAGCUGAAAAAAAUUAUGCAGACAUUUGUUACACAACAGUGGAAGAACAGUAAAGAAAAAUCUAACUGUACGCACAAUAAAAAGGUGUCUGACAAAAAGGUGAAAUCCCCUCUGCACAUCUUUUCUACAUUGCGCAGGCACAGAAUUUCAAAGAGAAAAGACAUUAGAAAGCGUAAGAAAGAGUUUAUGAAUAGUUUGAAUGAAUUUGAAUGUAAUACGAUUUCUGCCAGUUGCUCAUACUCGUCGCCAAGUUAUCCUCCACCUGGCUGUGGUAAAAACAAAUCAAAACUGAAGUCAGAACAGGAUGGCAUCUCCAAGACUCACAAAUCACUGAGAAGGACUUGCUCUAGCACAGUGAAGGCGGAGGAUGUGUGUGCCACAAAAUCUCACAGAACCUUUGGCCGCUCGUUAUCGAGUGACCCUAGGGCUGAACAGACAAUGGCUCUUAGAUCGCACAAACUGCUGAGUCGCGCUUGCUCUGCAGCUGUCAAGCAGGAGGAGUGCAUCACUUUAAAGCCCCAUAAGGUGUUAAAUAGGUCGUGCUCUGGGGAUCCUCGAUGUGAGCACAACAGCACCUUGAAGCCCCACAAACUUUUAAGCAGAUCCUACUCCAGUAACCUUAGAAUGGAAGAAUUGGAUGGAUUGAAGAAUCACAAGUUGCUCAGCAAGACUUACUCCAAUGCCCCUAAAUCAUCCAAAAUGGAGCCUUUCAAGGAGUCCACCAUGGCAGAGAGCAGGAGGCUCUCUCUUACCUCAGGGCUUAUUGGUAUCUUAACACCAUCCUCAUCAUCACCUUCACAAGCUGCUCAAAAUUAUGGUGCAAAAUGCGUUCCGGUGCGAGACCGUGGCUUUCUUGUACAGACUAUUGAAUUUGCUGAGCAGCGGAUACCAGUAUUGAAUGAAUACUGUGUAGUUUGUGAUGAACCUCAUGUGUUCCAGAAUGGCCCUAUGCUAAGGCCCACUGUUUGUGAACGGGAACUCUGUGUAUUUGCUUUCCAAACAUUAGGAGUGAUGAAUGAAGCUGCUGAUGAAAUUGCAACUGGGGCGCAGGUGGUUGAUCUGUUAGUAUCCAUGUGUAGGUCUGCAUUAGAAUCACCUAGGAAAGUUGUCAUUUUUGAGCCAUAUCCUUCUGUAGUUGAUCCUAAUGAUCCUCAGAUGCUGGCCUUUAACCCCAGGAAGAAGAACUAUGACCGAGUCAUGAAAGCAUUGGACAGUAUCACUUCCAUCAGAGAAAUGACACAGGCACCUUACUUGGAAAUAAAGAAGCAGAUGGAUAAACAAGACCCGCUUGCACAUCCUCUUCUACAAUGGGUUAUUUCUAGUAAUAGAUCACAUAUUGUGAAGCUACCAGUGAAUAGGCAACUAAAGUUUAUGCACACUCCCCACCAGUUCCUUCUUCUCAGCAGUCCACCAGCCAAAGAAUCCAAUUUCCGAGCUGCUAAAAAUCUCUACGGAAGUACCUUUGCAUUUCAUGGUUCACACAUUGAAAAUUGGCAUUCCAUCCUGAGGAACGGUUUAGUUGUUGCUUCCAAUACAAGGCUGCAGCUCCAUGGUGCAAUGUUUGGAAGUGGAAUCUACCUUAGUCCAUUGUCAAGCAUAUCAUUUGGUUACUCAGGGAUGAACAAGAAGCAGCAGAAGGUGUCAGCUAAAGAUGAACCAGCUUCAGGCAGUAAGGGUGGUAAUACAUCACAGUCACAGAAGAAAGGACAGCAGUCACAAUUUUUGCAAAGCCGUAACUUAAAAUGCAUAGCCUUAUGUGAAGUGAUAACCUCACCUGAUCUGCACAAACAUGGGGAGAUAUGGGUAGUUCCCAACACGGAUCAUGUGUGUACAAGAUUUUUCUUUGUUUAUGAAGAUGGUCAAGUGGGUGAUACAAGUAUAAAUACACAGGAACCAAACAUUCAUAAAGAGAUUCUUCGAGUCAUUGGCAAUCAAACUGCUACUGGUUAAAAGGACCACUCUUAUUUAAUUGAUGUGAAGCCUUCCUCAGUCUCAAAGCUGGAUUUUGAACUGAAGAAGAUGCAAAAAACUAAUUUAUUAUUACUACACUAAGCAAAUUAACCAUUUGAAUACUUACUGUUUUCUUACUUAGUAUUUCGUAUCUCAUCAAAAUACCUGAGAUGGUAUCAAUUAGCAACUGCAGGGGUGCAAAGUCUAUUAUUAUACUAAAACAAUUAAUAAUUAAACAGGCAUUUGGGUUGCUCACAAUAAACAGACAUUAAAAAGGACUUUUGUGCUCAUAUUUUUAUACUAAACUUCAAUUGGAAGUUUUAGUACUGUAUACUGAUAUUUUAAAUUUAGAAUGAAUUACAAGUAAGAGAGAAGAUUUUAUAGCGGAGCACCUGUACUAUACAGGAUACUUUGCAAUAAGUAAAAUAUUCUCGUAUUAAAACACAAUAAAAGGUUGUCUGGAACAUGUAAAAUUGAAGAGAAUGGUUACCUGCAGCUAUCUUUGAUUCUUUUUAUUUUACACAAAUGCAGUUAGCAUUUAAACUCAAAGGUGAGACAACAAUGCAUUUUUUAUUUACUGGGUGAAACAAAGCAAAAUGAAUGUGACGGUAUAUGUUUAGCUUUCUUUAUCUUCUCUGGAACACUGUCUUACCCAUUAAGCAGCUCAGUUGCAUUUUUUAAUUAUACAAGCCUAGGAAACACCUGGAAAACCUAAAGCUGUUAAUUUCCUUUUUAGAAUUUUUGUUUUUAUAUACUAGAUUUUACAAUUUCAUUAGAUCAACAAGGUUUUUUAAUGUUUGCAUCUUAACUUCAGUGAAACUGCUCUGUGAUGAAAUUUAUCCACAUAUUUUAAAGUAUGUGCUGAGUUAAGGCUUUUACAUGGUUGAGUUGAUUGUUGGUGCAUCAGAAAAUAUAUACAAAUGCAAAAUUCUCCUGAUUUUGUCUUGGUAAAAUAGUUUUAUUAAUUAAUUUCUAAGCUAUAAGAAAUCAAUUUAAAUAUCUCUGUCUUUUAAAUUAACAACUGUUUUUUCCAAGUGAGUAGGAUGGCAACACAGAUAGAGAAGGGUCCAGUCUCCAAGACAAAAAGCAUACCCUGUGCCCUGCUGAAUGCCCUUGGCAGCCCUCAUGGUGGCUAUCCUGAAGCAUCAACCACACCCUUGAAUAUGGAGAGCAAUUCAGCUUACCCAUCUGUGCAACUACUACAAGCCACCUCAGAAAGCAAAAAUAGACUGAAACCUCUCUUAUGUUACUUUCAUAAUAAAGAUACUAAAGCACCAAAUAACAGCACAACAGAGCACAGGUGUGUUUGUUUCUUUUAAACAGAACAAUCAGGUAUGCUGUAAUGGGUGGUUCCUUCUUUCUGGUUCAUGCUACGCUCCUGCGUUACUUGCUGCAGUUGACGUGCCCUACAAGUAAAAUAGUGGUAUUUGGCCUAGGAGCAUAUACCUGGUGCUGUAUUUUAGCAUUCUACACUUAGUUGCUUUAGUUUUAGUUUUUCUGGGCUCAUAUCCAAACUUGUAAAGCAAAUUCUGUUUGCAUAUACCCAUUUUGCUUUUAGUUCCAUUGACUUGCACCCUUAUUUGGUGGACCUCUAAAUUAGAAAAGUGCUACUCUCUUGUCUUUCAUGUUGGGAUACAGGUUAACUUCCUGAAACAAAGAGGUUUCCUGAAAUUCAUCCAUCUACAUAAGGACUGCCGUAGGUUGUGUGACUGCUAAAUGUCAAAAUAAUUCCGAAGUAGAGCUGAAACCCUGGCAUGACCAUCUCUGUGUAAUGGUCCUGCCGUAUGUUUCUGAAUCACUCUGUUUUGCCUAACAAAAAGAAAUUGGGAAGCAAUCCACAAAGUGUUCUGUGAUUAUUUGCUGGGCUGAUAGUCCACCACUCUGGGAUGCCUCUUACAAAAAAACUAGGAGGAAAGAGACAUGACCAUGAGUGAACUGGAGAAGCCAAGUAAACAGUCAUCUUCCCCAUCCCCUCAAGCUUAUAGCAGGGUCAGAAAUGAAACCCUUGAAGGAAGGAAUCUGAAAUGUAGCUAAUGAGUCGACCUCUGUUUGCAUUGUGGGGUCGGUCGUAAUACUGGUCAUGCAUGGUGCCAUUGUAAGUACAACCCCAGGACAGCAAAGGGAAAAAUACAUCGCUGCCAAAUUUUAAGACUGCUCAGAGGUUUGUUUUAAAUGGAUGAACCACAGUAAGGGACAGUGUGGGGGAAAGCAGGACUCCAGGCUGUAUGGAGGCCUCGCUGUUGUAAGGUGCCUAUCUCAGGGAGUGCUGAGGUGACUGACUUAAGGAAUGGUGAACAAGAGUAAGAGGUAGAAUGUGGCAAGCACAGGUGUUACAAACCAGUGGAAGAGGGCAAAACCUUUCAGGCAAAAAGGUAGUUCUGGAGGGACAAAGUGGCAUUAGCAGCUCAGGUCCCACGCAGUACGUGGCAGGAAAAUGGACUGGCAGAACCAAGCUGCAGCAUGGGGAUAUACAGCCUGUGGCAGUGUGGGGCAGCACCAUGCUCAGGGCAACAGGGCCACUUGAAAAUGUAUCACUAGGCUACAGUGCAGACACAAGCCCAGUGUCACAGAUAAACAGCAGUUGAACCAGAACAAAUUUCUUUGGCCAGAAACUCAGUCAUGUUUUUCUUUAGCCAUUAUAUUAAUGAGUAACUUCCAAGGCUUUGUAUUAUUUGCAGGUGAAUUUGAAUCCUCAGAUUAUUUAACAAAGUUUUAGUUCACAUUAUUUUUAAAAAAUGAGGGGAAGGACGGAUGCUCAGUUGGCAUCUGCUACUCAAAAAUAAAUAAUCCUUAUGCAGGAAAUAUCAAAGCUGAAAUAAAGACUUAUCACAAAGGAAUUGAAUGAAAAAGCCUGAGGAUAAGAUUUUCUUUAAAAGAUUUGUCCUUUGGGUAUUUAUGCAAAGGUGGAAGUUGCAUGUAGCCAAACACUUCCAAAUAACUUACAUUAACAUGAAUUCCAGGGGAUGAAAAAUAAAAAUUCCAGGCUCAUUUGAGCAAGACCCUCAAAUGUUAUGCCCAAAGCCUUUGCAUUUCCCUUCCUCUGUUACCAUGCACACAUAUCGGUGAUGGACCAAUCAUUGUAACUCAUGCUGUAAAAGAUGCAGGCUUUCCACAGAUGGCUUUUAAUCAAAGCAAGUAGAGCCCCAGGCUCUGCCAUUUCUCUUGGUAGAAAUUUCCAUUAAGGCAUUGCUGUCACCAUACCCAGUAUGGAGCAACCAAGGGAGUUCUUGGUAAAUAACUUUCUAACUACUUGCAACAUCUUACAACAGAAUGCAAGCCCUCCUCAUGGUGAAACGGUUUGAACAUAAAAAUUAUGUUUGACCUUUAAUGUUGCUCCCUAAUUAUGAAUUGCUGUAUUUAUACUGCUGAAUAUCUUAAACAUUGAGAAAGGAAUCCAGAAAGAUGAGUUUAAAUCUUCCAUGAGAUUCAGGCAAGUAUUUAACAUUCAAGGGCUAAAUGAAGGAAUUUGAGGUAUCUGUUUCUGUGAUAGGAAUCAACAUGGCCCUGUUUUCUUCAACAGUGCUACACUGUUUUGUUAAGCUGAAUAUUUGGCUUCCUAUUACUUACCCUAAAGUGGCAAGAUUGUGUAAUAUUUUGAUUAAUGUUUUACAGGAACCAGUCAAUGACACUGGAAUUUUUUAGGCUUAAAUUUUUCCUCUACAGCCCUUGAAAACACUCUUCAUGAAGCUGAAUGGAUUUAACAUAAUAGCUGUUGGUACUGAAAAUGUAUCUGAUGAAUUAUGCUAAGAUUAUACUUUUGUUAAUACAAAUAUAAAGUCAAUCCAGAUUAAUAAUUUGUGCAUAGAUAAAUUAUACUUUGCUUAUAAAUCACUUACUACUGUGAAAACAAUUAGUAUAAUUUCUACAAGGAUAAAUACAAAGUAGGAAAAAAAAAGGCAAAAGGGAACAACUGAAUUAAGACAUUCCUUGUUUAGAAGGAGAUAGUAAAAAAACCUCAAAACCUAAGCAAAUGAAAAAGUAGAAUCUAGUUACCUAAGUAUUAUAUUAAUUUAGAUAGAUUUUUUUCUUGGCUCUGGGAAAGUGAGAUACAAAGAGUAUGAGCCAUGACUCACCACGUGCAGCCUCUGCUGGCAGUGCUGCUGAAGCUGGAAUGGCCCUGGCCACCCAUUCUCUUCUCUUCUGUGGCACACAGCAUCCUGUGGUGUUUUAUUUGCAAUACUGAGGUGUUAAUCUGGUGUCUGUGCAAUUUCUUCCUUACAAGCACCACCUCAUGGUGAAGGAUUAGCCUGUUGAGUAAAGCGAGCAAGAUCUGCUGCUUGUAGAGCAGAUAUGAUCCUGUGAAGCACCAGAAGUUGUUCAGAAAGGAUCUUUAGUCCAGUUAGAUGAAUUUAUUCCUUAAAUAAAUUCCACUCAGGAGUGGAGUGACAUGUGCUUCAGAAGGGGAUAAAUAAAAGGGGAUAAAUAAACGGGGAUAAAUAAAAACGGGAAAAAUUGCUCCAAGUAGAGCGUCAUUCUGUGCGCACCGUGCUGUGUGAAACGCACAGGGAUGUCGCCAGGAGUUUGAAUUUCCCAGUUUGUGUUUGGAAACAGGUCUGAAAGCACUGACCUCCUCUGUCUGUCCUGGCAUGUCAGUGUUGUACUUCUGCUGUCUGGCUUCAGCAACAGCCACUGACAAGAGCCGAAGGAAUAAGACAGCUUGAACUUCUGUUCCAUAGCAUUUUGAGUGCAUGCUCCUGCUAAGUUUCAGUCUGCCACAGAAUAGCUAUGAUGUAAAUUACUGCCCAUUACACUUUGCAUUGGGAUUUUGUAUAUGUACUAGGCAUAAGGCUUUUGUAAAGGGAAAAAAAAUAGUUUUUAGAUGAAUAUAUCUACUGUGUUGAAAAUCUGUUGAGAAGAUUGCAUUAAACAUUUAUCAAAAAGUCAGUAAAAAUAGUCCUUAUACAUAGCCAUUUAAUGUUCUAAAAAUAAUUUUUGAAUUUACCCAGUAUAUAUUGUAUCUUUUAAUUUUAAUGAACAGCCACUCCUUUAUGUAAACAUAAAAUAUGCCAGUGUUUCUUUUAACUCUAUAGCCUUUUUUUCUCCAAAUAAAUUUAUUAAAUUCUGUGCACAAAAUCAUACUGCAGCCUGCUAUUUAGCCUAUGGUGCCUUAGAGUUACUCAAAUAUUUAACAAAAUGGAGAUAAUGUAAAUACUGCCAGAAGAUCACUAAGGCCAAAUAUUUUCUCUAUUCACUUUUUACUGCACUUGCUUUCUAUUGCUAUUUAAGCCUCUUUUAUUCAGCUUUGUAAUAGCUAUAGCGUUGUAGCCAAUGUAAAUGUUUACCUUCAAUAAAUCAGAAUUUGUUCAACAAGUACUGGGCAUUUGGGCACUAUUUUGAGAGCUCUGUUCGAAGUUAAAACAGCCAUCUAAGAAUUAAACUGCAUCUGAAGCAGUUUCUUGACUUUUUCUAAUCUCAAUGACAUCUAAAAGUUAUGCCAUGCUUUUACACAUGUUUUUGAAGUAAUUUUUGUUUGCAGUGAUCUUUUUAAAAACACUUAGAUGAACAGUAAAAGCAGCUUUUCUUGCUGUGUUUAUCUGAAUGGGUUACCCAACUGUAAUAAAAGAAUUAUUUUGCAUGUACAGUAUCAUAAAAUGCAUAAAGAUGUCUCAAGAUGCUUUAUAUAAUUGCUUUUAAAUAAGUACUCUGUUUUUCUGUAGAGCUGUUUUUGUCAUGAAAACACAGCAAAUAUAUGACAAACCAUGUCAUACUUUAAUGUGGCUAUGUUUAAAGUAUAAAUACACAUCUGCAACUCAUAAAAUAUGCAGACAUUUGUGGGACUGGGUAUUAAUUCAGUGGGUGUACUGUUUUUUUCACUGCUUGUGUGCUCCUUUUAAUUAUAUGGGUGGAUGUAGCUUGCAACUUCUGAAAGUUUUACCUUUUGUUUCUUAAAUUUAUUAUUUUGUGAUUGCAGAUUUUGGAUUGAAAGAGUCAAAGUGGUGCUUACUAUUAUUUUGACUGCUGUGAAGUGCAUUAUACAUAGAGAGACCAAAAGAUACUUCAUUGCUACUCUAAAUGACUGAUAAUUUGCCUUUGAUUUAAGUGUAGAGACUGAAUUCUCUAAUGGAAGAGAUUUUCCUAAUUUGGGGGAUUUUAAAUUUGGAAGCAGUAAUUCCCAAACUCACAAGAGUUUUAAUCAGUGAGGAAAUCUCAGACCUCUGUAGAAUUGUUAUCCACAGAGAGCAGAAGGGACAGCAUUUAUAUUUGCUUUGGUUUAACAUAGUUAAUUUCCAAGUGGCUGCAUCACAAGUUCUCUCAAUAUGCACCAAUAUUAAGUGUUCUGCUGAGAAGGUCUUUGGUGCUUUGUAUUCACCUGUUGAACAGUUCCAUGUGGGACCCAAGAGAACAGUAAUCCAGACAGUAAUUGACCGCAGUAAAAAAAUUAUUGCAAUGCACAAGAGCUACUUUCAAAUGCACACAUUGCAUUUUUAUCAGGAGGAAAGGCAGAGUAUCUUCUAAGAGUAUAUCACCAUUGCAGAAAGGGUGCAUACACUUUUCAUUAAGCCAUGGUAGCACACUUGACCAACUUCUCUUUUUUGGAAUUAGUGUGCAGUGGAGAUUGGAGCAAGUAAUUUUGCACAGGGGUCACAGACUUAGCCCCCUCCAAGAAAUGUCCUCCUGAAAUACUGUGAGGCAACUUAAAUAGAACUGCAUCAACUAAAUUAAGACAGUAGUAGCUGAGGGCCACAACUUUGCUGUGCCCCAGCUCUCAGCACAGUGCAAACAACUUGAACAGAAGAAAACUUAAGGAAUGGAGCAAAGGGCUCAGUGCCCUUGCAGAAGCCUAGUGUCGAAACAGGUGAAAAAAGGAACAGCACUUGGAAAAAAAUAUUAAAUUGGCAUUUUUAUUAGACUACAUUGUAGAUCCCUCAGGCAGAUUUUCUUGAAUGUUGCUAACAUUUUCCAUUCACAGUUAAGGGGGAGAAGUGUAGUUCAACACGCAGAAAUUGAAGCCUCUGAACAGGGCAUAAGACCCUUUUAGCAUCAGCACUGCUUAUAGCAAACCCAUGUGCAAGGCGUCAGUUAUUGGAUUCCAGCCAGUUCCAAGAAAACUGGCAUUUUGUGAGAUGCUGAAGCUGUGGGAAUUACACUAGCAGCAGGAACAGUGACUGCUGCAGAAGCAAGAACAGCACAAGUCUCCAGGGAUUGUGUCUGGAACAAAAUACAGGAACUCCUGGCUUAUGGUUUGCUCAACAAAAGCCAGAGCUUAUCAUCAGCAAAGCAAUUCUAAUUUGUAACUUUUAAAGAGAAAGCUUUCCAUUGUUUGGGAGAAACAAGAAGGAAAAAAAGAGCAGUUUUCUUCAACCUGUUGUCCUGUAGCUGGAUAGUUCAGGCUAGUAGCAUAUCAGGGGCAGUAAUACUUGGCAUGUAGCAGGUUUAUUUACAGCAGUAGUUAGAAACUUUCUUAGGGAUCUCAAGCAGAAUGAGGAAUGUCUCAAUUAGAUGACAGUUCCUAGGAGCUGGUCAUAUAUUUUAUAUAUAUUCUAAUGGAGUCUGUAUGGGUAACAUAUUCCAGAAAGGGAGUAGGUGGCUGAUACUUUCCUUGCUGGUUUUCAAAUCUGAUCAGAGCGUUCUUCCCAUGUGAGCUGCUGAGCAAACAAUUUUGCUGAUUGUUUAAAAGAAAGAAACAGUUCAUCUCCUGAUCUUUCCAUCUCUCCUAGACAAGAGCUUGGAGUUUGGGUGUAUUUCUGUUCACAGCCAUUGACCAAGGUUAGUUCAGUACGAAGAAGGUCAAAGAUGAGAGGAGUCAGAGGCUAAACCAAUUGGAAUAAAGAUUAAUGUAUUUUGAAAGUAUAUAGAUGAAAAAAAGUAAGUAUAUAUUUAAAAUUUUGCAUAUAUUUCUAGGAAUGUGAGCUGAAAUGGAACUUAUGGUAAGGAUCACAAUAUCACUGUUUACAACACUUCUGACAAAUGCAAUGUAUUACAAACAGGUUGUAACUACCCUCAUGUGGUAGGCUUUGGUAGAUCUAACUUGCUGACUUUUUGUCAAUGACAUAUUUUGCUAGAGGCUUUUAAAUUUUUGCCUGUGGGGAAUUCAGUCACUCCUCCUCUGUAUGUGUUAUCACGUAGCUGGCAUGUUGUGCUUCAUGCGGAAUUCCACAUGUGUGAAAUUGUAUUAUUCCACUCCUUGGCUUUUUAUUGUCUUAUGAAAACUUUGAUUUCAUGCUUGCCAUUCUAAGCAGUAGUACAUGAUCAAAAAUCCCAAGGUCUUCCAGCACCAGUCUCAUUUCAGAUUCCUGCAGAUACUUUAUGCUUUGGAAGUUUUCAGCUUUUUUUUCAGCUGCAUCUCUUGACAGUACCAAUAACUUUCAGUCCAUUUUACGCCCUGCUUACAAAGGUCUUUGGGUGGUUGCUAAACACCUUGUUACACCUGAGAGGUGGCACUUCUGUCUUUCUGAGAGUUGAUUUAUCUUCUUUAUUAAGAUAACUUUUUUUUUUUUAAGUCUCCAGUGGUCUCUUCCACUACCAAAAAAUUGCAAAAAAAUUAGAGGACUUGUUGGGGAGAUGACAAUUUUAUGUUUUUUAUGUUGUUCAAUGUCUUCAAAUUCUGUGUAUCUCUGCUAAUGUGACCUGAAUUUCUGAUCCAUUGCAGGUCUCUUUCCUGUUGCUGUUAUCGCUCAUAGAGCUAGCCUUUAGAAAAGCAUCAGAUAUGAGCACUGAAGUACAAUACAGAGUACAUUUUAGUUAAAAUGCAAAAAUGUGCGGCCACGAAUAGUAAAAAAAAAAGUAUUGAAAUUACAGUCCUUCCAUAUGAAAAGCAUGUGUACAAACUACUAACCUACACACAAGAACGUGUGGCCAAAUAGGUAUGCCCAAAAGGAUACUGUUAAAAGUUAAAGAGUUUUAUAAACACUAUUUCCUGUCAUAAUUUUCUUUCAUCUAAGGAAAUUUGGCAGUGUAAUUUCAAAAUGCUCCCUACCUGUUAUUCUAGCUUUGUCUUUAAACAGGAUUCAAGUUGAAUUGCUGGUCUUUCCUUCACAUAUUCUUCUUUUCCUGUAUUUUUUAUGAGGAAAGCUUACCGGGGUCUUAAUUACUUUAAAGAGUGUCACCGAUCUCCUAAAUUAAUCUGCUUGAACAAUUUCCACAGAUUGGUUUGAAAUGGGUUUUUUCAUCAAUAAGCUACCAGAGGAAUUUGCUUCCUUUCCAUGGAGAUUUUUUGUGUUUGUAAACCUCAAGUCUUGAGUUUUUCUACUUGAACAAAUCUUUUCUUAAGGGGAUUGAAAGACUUGAUGGUAUGUGUGCAUGAGAUUUAUUAUGAAAAUUUUACUUUGUCUUUGUAAGUGGUGUCUCAGUGGCCUGGGCAGCAGAUGCUUGGUGUAGUGCAACAAUUUAUGAAUUGGUCCCAAUGAGGACUGAUUUUGAUUUUGGCUUUUAGGGUAUCAUUGACCCAUUGGAUAAAGCUAGAAAUUCUGACUAUUCUGAUCAAAUUCUGUUGUCUGUAGAUUAUGUUACUUUGUGUAAACUGUUCCUUUACAUUAUCUGCUCUGUGAAUUUCUAUUCAUAUAUAUUCCUGCCAACUCUACUAUGCAUGAAUGCAAAGAAAGAAACAAAGGUACAAUAAAGAUGUGGUUCAUGGUC